AUGUCACCGUCUCCCGAGCCCGUCCGCUUCGAAGACCUUGACGACGACAUCCUCAUUUACAUCACCAACUUUGCUCUCCACCCAGACUUGGAGCAAGUCAAGCUCUUCGACCUCUCGCGUCGCAUGCGGAAUGUGUUUCAGCCGAUCCGUUUUCGCCAUAUUUGGUGGGCGCCAUGCGACACUGAAUUUCCUCCGGAGGAAUUGUUUCCUUAUAUCCAUGAGCUCACGAUUGUACCGGACCAGAUGUCUUCAGUAUCUAAGUUCAAUCACAUCGAAAUCGCUGCUGAACUACGGCAAAAACUCCCACUGCUACCCCAUCUCAACACGUUCUAUCUCGGCAUGCGAAUCGAAGGUGGUCUUUGGACGGAACUGGUGGAAUGUCUUGCUGCAGCUCCAAACCUGACCAGUUUUGGUAUAUUUUCGCCGUGGUCGGCAAAUGAGACGAUGGAUGAACCUUGGCAAUUGGCGGAUGAAUUGUCUCCACCCCCUCUCCAAAUGAUACUAUACCCUUUCCCCAUCGAAACCAAACAUGGGUGGUCCAUUCGUCGGCGCCAUCCGCUUCUUCUUGAUUUUGCAGCCGCGAACCUGCGCCGCCUGUUGUCGGCAUGCCAUACCACUCUGGACAAUGUCGAACUACUGGGAGAGUUGUUUCUUGGUUCAUUUGACACCAAGAUCGAGUGGACUUCACUCCGCGAGCUGUUCGUUAUCGGAUUUUGGCCAGAGUGGGAUCUAGAAGAAAGACCUGAGCCGAGUGAGAUGCUUUCGGUUUUAGAGUUGUUGCCUAAUCUGCGGACUCUGGUCUUGCUCAUGUCCGUUGGCUGCGACGAACCUGAAGGCCGCACCGUUCUCAUACCACGGGAUGCUCCUGCUCCUCAACAAGCAAGCACAUUUUUGGCCCAUCUCAAUCGUUUCGACAUGGCCUCACUGACCCCAAUCGAUCGCAUCCUCAACUUGCUUCCGGCAGGGCUGGAGUCGUUAACUUUGACUCGAUAUCCAGCCGAACUGGCGGAAAUCGACAUGCGCCAACCCAUCUUGCCCUGCCUGGAGCUCCUUGCAAUGUUAGCCGAACUGGAGUUCCCCGGUCUGAAGACCCUACAUGUCUAG